AUGGCGCCUCCAUCGUACCAGUAUCAAACCUUUUCAGGCGAAGCAAUGUCUAGCGACGGCAAGCAAGACACAGUGGUAUCGGCAGAUGCACAGGAGGACGCUCAGAGCCGCCAACCGUCCCGCGGAAUAUUCUCAAAUGUUGCGCGAAAGAUCUGGGGUGAUGACCCCCGGGAGAGGAAGUACAUUCAAAAGCUCGACAGCUUCCUAUUCAAUGCAUUCGUAAGCGGCAUGCAAGAAGAGAUGGGUCUGUAUGGAAAUGAGAGAAAUUUCCUCAACACAUAUUUCAAUAUCGGCAUCAUCCUGGGUACUAUACCCGCGCAGAUGAUCCAGUUGAAGUGGGUGCGCCCGUCGAUAUGGAUUCCCGCCUGCGAGCUGGCGUGGUCGGCCUUGACAAUGGUCAUGGCUAGUGCUAAAAACGUCGAAACUCUGUACGCAUUGCGUUUCUGCAUUGGGCUUCUCGAAUCGUGCAGCUUCCCAGGUUUUGCGAGUAUCUUGGGGAGUUGGUACGGAAAGACCCAGCUCGCGAAGCGCAUGGCCCUUUUUGAGCAGACGGCUGCGAUCGCUGGAAUGUUCAGCGGGUACUUGCAGGCUGGGUUGUACACUGGCAUGAACGGGGCUGCAGGCCUGUCGGGUUGGCGCUGGCUAUUCAUCAUGGAUGGGGUCAUCUCGAUACCGAUUGCCCUGUACGGAUUCUUCGCCCUCCCAGACUUGCCGCACAAUACGCGAGCAUUCUAUCUGAAGAAAGAGGACCGCGAGUAUGGACUGGAAAGAACCAAGAAGAUGGGUCGCAAGCCGCCAUCGAAACUCACAUUCAAGGCCGUCAAAGACAUCUAUACAUCUUGGCAGCUUUGGGCUUUUAUCCUGCCCUAUCUCAUGGUUGCUGAAGCUGGGUCUGGUACUGGAUACUUCAAUCUCUAUCUGAAGUCUGAGGGCUACUCGGUUGUCCAGACGAACGUUCUCCCGACAAUUGUCUUCGUGCAAGUGCUCGUCUUGGUGUCAAACAUCAUAUUGUCGAUAUGGAACGUGCCCAAAGCAGCACUUCUUGCGGCCUUUUACCUGAGUUACACGGGCGGAGCAGCACAGCCGGUGGUGAUCAGCUAUGGGCAUGAGAUCACGCAGUGGAACGCUAACCUGCGACAACUUCUUGUUGCCACAGGAAACAUCUUUACGUACACCUUCAGCGCCUGGAUGCCUGGUAAGCUGUCCCUUUCGUAUGCUUUCGUGUCAAAGCACAUGCUAAUUUCGGAACCCAGUGGUGUUAUUCCCAACAUAUGA